CGGCUCUGCAAACGCGAAGCUGGCAAGCGGCAUUCUCAUCUAUCUACCUAUAAAUUCAUCCGCGCCUCUCUUGCGGUUUUGGAACCAUCGACUCGAAGCCGCCAAGCGCGAUUCUGACUCAGGUUCAUCUCUCAAAGUUAGUAAGAUGGCUGAUGCUCAUGAAAAUGAUAGGAACAUUGAGAUAUGGAAGAUCAAGAAACUUAUCAAGGCAUUGGAAGCUGCCAGAGGUAAUGGCACAAGCAUGAUUUCCCUAAUUAUGACACCUCGUGAUCAGGUUUCUCGAGUGGCUAAGAUGUUGGGUGAUGAAUAUGGAACUGCCUCUAAUAUCAAAAGUAGAGUUAAUCGGCAAUCUGUGCUGGCUGCCAUAACUUCUGCUCAACAAAGGCUAAAGCUGUACAGCAAGGUUCCUCCUAACGGGCUAGUUCUAUAUACUGGGACCAUUAUUACUGAUGAUGGAAAAGAAAAGAAGGUGACAAUAGAUUUCGAACCAUUUAAGCCCAUAAAUGCAUCACUUUAUUUAUGUGACAACAAGUUCCACACAGAGGCACUCAAUGAACUUCUUGAAUCUGAUGAAAAGUUCGGCUUUAUCAUCAUGGACGGUAAUGGGACUCUCUUCGGCACUUUAAGCGGUAAUACCCGUGAGGUGCUUCAUAAAUUCACUGUUGAUCUUCCAAAGAAGCAUGGAAGAGGAGGACAGUCUGCACUGCGGUUUGCUCGUCUUCGGAUGGAGAAGCGCCAUAAUUAUGUCAGGAAGACAGCUGAACUUGCCACCCAGUUCUUCAUUAAUCCUGCUACAAGUCAGCCAAAUGUUGCCGGGUUGAUCUUGGCUGGGUCUGCUGAUUUUAAAACUGAAUUGAGCCAAUCUGAUAUGUUUGAUCCACGUCUACAGGCUAAAAUAAUCAACGUGGUUGAUGUCUCAUAUGGUGGAGAAAAUGGUUUCAAUCAGGCAAUUGAGUUGUCUUCGGAAAUCCUGGCAAAUGUGAAGUUCAUACAGGAAAAGAAAUUGAUUGGAAAGUAUUUUGAGGAAAUCAGCCAGGAUACUGGAAAGUAUGUCUUUGGCGUUGAUGACACGCUGAAAGCACUUGAUAUGGGUGCUGUUGAGAUCUUGAUUGUGUGGGAGAAUUUGGACAUCAACCGAUAUGUUCUCAAAAACAGUGCUACUGGGGAACCUGUCAUCAAGCAUCUGAACAAAGAUCAGGAAUCCGAUCAGAACAACUUUCGCGAUAGUGAUACAUCUGCAGAACUUGAAGUGCAGGAUAAGCUGUCUCUAUUAGAGUGGCUUGCCAAUGAGUACAAGCGAUUUGGCUGUUCACUCGAGUUUGUUACAAACAAAUCUCAAGAAGGUUCACAGUUUUGCAGGGGUUUUGGUGGCAUUGGAGGUAUUCUUCGCUACCAGCUUGACAUGAGGUCUUUUGAUGAGGUUUCUGAUGAAGAAUUUAAUGAAGAUUCUGAUUAGCAAUCAGCCAAUCAAUUCCUGGAGCCAGUCCAGGAAUCGCCGGGGCUGGCCCUUCCCGAGACUGAUGCUGCACAGAACGCCACACACGCAGUUGGAUAAUAAUUAUCAAGGUUUAAGGAGCUGAUGCAUGGUAGAAUGAUGGAACAUGAUCGAUCAUCUUGGUACCAAGAAUUAGUAAUCUGUGAACAAAAUCUCAUCAACAACCUAUUGCUAUUAAGUAUCUCAGAACGUAUUCUGGGUUUAGUCUCCUAAGCUUUUGCUGCUUCUCUUGACUUAUUGUCAUGUUUAUCAGUACUUUUAUAUUGGCAUGUCUGUCAUAAGAUGUUUGCUACGUUGCAUGAGUUUGGGCGUCUGGAAAAACAAUAUGUUUGUUUUGCUGCACUUUGGUUAGUUAUGUUGGCAUGGCAAUGUCUGCCAUGUCUUAUUUGCUAUGGGACAUAAAUCUGCUCUUGUUAAAACCAUAUAAAUGUUCUGCUGGAACUUAGGCUUCAUUUGAGACA